GAGAGACAGAGAGAGAAACCCCAUACGUUCACGUUUCCGAUUCCCAAAGAGAUACACAACUGUGGAAAGUAACCCAUUGUGUAUGCCACUGCGUCACUUUUAGUUGCUCUCCCGAUCCUCUUCUCUUCUGGACUCUUAUUAUCAUACGCAGCUCCUAAAUUCAUGGAUGCCUCGACCUCCUCGAUCUUCUAGCCGUUCUUUUCAUUUCUCCAAUACCCAAUUUUUCAUUCUUUAAGAUGGGCGCUGAUCUGGAGUCCCUGUCAGAGGCCACUUCAGGGGCCAUUGGAGCUCUGGUUAGCACCACCAUCUUGUACCCUCUUGAUACUUGUAAGACCAAAUAUCAAGCUGAAGUUCGAGAUCACCAUAAGCAGAAGUACAGGAACAUUUCUGAUGUUUUAUGGGAAGCAAUUGCUACCCGGCAGGUGCUUUCACUGUACCAGGGGCUUGGGACAAAGAACCUGCAGUCCUUUAUUUCACAGUUUGUUUACUUCUAUGGAUACAGCUUCUUCAAAAGGCUGUACCUGGAGAAGAGUGGAAACAAAACCAUUGGAACAAAAGCAAACUUGAUUAUUGCUGCUGCUGCCGGGGCUUGUACAGUCUUAGUGACACAGCCCUUGGAUACAGCAUCCUCAAGGAUGCAGACGAGUGAGUUUGGGAAAUCCAAAGGACUUUGGAAGACUCUGUCGGAGGGCACUUGGGGUGAGGCAUUUGAUGGUCUUGGCAUAUCUCUUCUUUUGACAUCAAACCCAUCUAUCCAGUACACCGUAUUUGAUCAGCUGAAACAGAGACUACUGAAUCGGAAGCUGAGCCAAAAAACAGGUACAGAGUCGUCCCCGGAAGCUCUUUCUGCUUUUUCUGCUUUCGUGUUGGGUGCAGUUUCAAAGUGUGUCGCUACCUGCUUGACUUACCCAGCUAUCAGGUGCAAGGUCAUGAUUCAGGCUGCAGAAUCAGAUGAAAAUGGGAGCCAAGAAGCUGAGCAAAAAGCCCAGAAGACAGUUUCAGGUGCACUCUACGCCAUUUGGAAAAGAGAAGGCCUACUGGGUUUCUUCAAAGGUUUACAUGCCCAGAUACUGAAGACUGUGCUAAGCUCGGCAUUGCUUUUGAUGAUAAAGGAGAAGAUCACGAAGACAACAUGGGUCCUAAUGCUUGCACUGAAAAGGUAUCUGUUUAUCACUCACAACAGACUAAAGAAGAGCACCUGAAUUAGUGAUGAGAGUGAGACACACAUGCAUGGAAACCUCACAGAUGAAGAGACUAGUGAAUUUCUCCAAGGUGGUGGCCGGAAUAAUGUGGCAGCAUCCAAUAAACAUUUGUGGAUGUCAAGAAGGAAAAUACAUAUAUGUAGAACAGGGGAUUUUUUUUUCUUCGAAUAUCCCACUCAAUAAAUAUUAUCAAGUUUUUCUUUUUUUGG